AGAAGAAUGAGCAGACAAGACCAGACUGUGGCAAUAAACAGCUGAAAGCAAAAUGAAGACCACUUUCUCCUUGUGUUUAUUGCUGGUUGGUUUGCAUGCUGUUGCCCUGCGUCAUCAGCAUCCUCGCUACCGUAAUAAGCAGGAUGAUGCUAAAGGUGCAUAUUAUCCAGGACAUAGUUCUCAGUGGGAAGAAGCUUCUCCACUUAAGAACAAAACCUUUGUCAAACUAGUUCUCAGCAAUGCUGACUUUGCAUUUUCCUUUUACAAGCUGGUUGCAUCUGAAGCAAUGGACAAAAAUAUUUUCUUUUCACCCAUAAGCAUCUCUGCUUCCUUUACAAUGCUGGCACUUGGUGCCAAGGCUGUGACACUGACACAGAUUUUGGAAGGGCUUGCCUUUAACCUGAAAAAGACUCAGGAGCAGGAAAUACAUGAAGGUUUUUGUCAACUCCUCCACAUGCUAAACCGUUCAAAUAGUGAGUUCCAGCUGAGCCUGGGCAAUGCCCUUUUUAUAGAAGAGACACUAAAACCACUACAGAAGUUUUUGGAUGAUGUCAAGAGCUUUUAUGAAUCUGAAGUCUUCUCUACUGACUUUAACAACUCUGUUGGUGCUGAGAGUCAGAUUAACAGUUAUAUUGAGGAAAAGACAAAUGGGAAAAUAGUUAAACUAGUGGAAAAUCUUGAUCCUCUGACUGCAAUGGUUCUCGUUAACUAUGUCUUCUUUAAAGCCCAUUGGGAGAAACCCUUCAGUACGGCACAGACAAAACAGGAGGACUUUUUUGUGGAUCAGAAAACAUCUGUAAAAGUUGACAUGAUGUAUCGAAAAGGUUACUACAGAAAUUACUUUGAUGAAGAGCUGUCCUGUUGGCUGGUUCAGAUACCUUACAAUGGAGAUGUUGCAGCAUUAUUUGUUUUGCCUGAUGAAGGGAAGAUGAAGCAGGUAGAAGAUGCCCUCUUGAAAAGAACUGUAACUAAAUGGGAAAAGUCCCUCCAAGACAGAAAAAUACAUCUGCACAUUCCAAAAUUUUGUAUUUCUGGUACCUAUGAUGUGAAAAAUAUAGUCAAACAAAUGGGUAUGGUCAAUCUGUUUACUGAACAAGCUGAUCUCUCAGGGAUUACUGAGGAGCCUGGACUGACGGUUUCAAAAGUGAUCCACAGAGCCAUGCUGAAUGUUCAUGAGAAUGGCACUGAGGCGGCCGGGGCCUCAGUGAAGGAGGUCACCUGGAGAUCUGGGGAUUUUCCUCGCCCACCUCGAGUCAGAUUCAACAGACCAUUUCUCCUGCUGAUACUGGAUAAGUUCACCCACACUGUGCUCUUCAUUGGGAAAAUUGUAAACCCUCAGAAAAAUGGCUGAUUGACAAAACUUAUCCACAUCACUGGCUAAAUUCCUGUGAUCCAGUGAAACACUUAUGUAUGCAUACCACUUUGUGCUAAUGCUCAUCUUUCAACCAUUAUCCUUAGAAACCUUAUUAAUCCCUUAAAACACAAAAACUGUAUUUCCUUGUCCAAAAGUCACUUUUCACCAGUUUUCUAAGAAGCCCUUUCUGAUGUGCUCCUGUGGGGUAUUCAGUUGCUUCAAAGUCUCCAACUGAUGUAAGUAUUGCUGUACAGUCACAGGGUGUGCAUGUGAAAGGAGAAACAGAAAAAAUGAGCUGCAAGUUGUAAGUCCUGUCUGUUUAAUCCACUAACCCCUGAUGAAUACUCUUAGAUGCAGAUUUCUUUACUAUUGGAGUGAAUGUUCAUUAAUUUCUUUAAGUUUUGUAACCAAGCAUGGUAUGAAACUGCAGGAUCAGUGACUGAAACAUUGGAGGACACCACCAACGUAAAGGGCUGAUGAGUGCAGCUGUUUUAGCUUGCCUUCCUCUUUCUCCUCCUCAGCAAAAGCCCUCUGCCUGGAGACAAGAAAGCUGCUUUGCUGUACAGAUAAUUUUAAUUCUACUAAGGAAGGAAUGCAUAGCAGAAAAAAGACUUUUGUUUUAUCCUACUAAUAUAACAAUUGUUGCUAAUGCCUUGAGAUAAAAGCCUGAUGGAGUAGUCCAUGACAUAGCACCAGUUUCCUUUUCAUAGAUUUGUUGUCACUGUCAUUUCUUGUUUUUACUGAUGCUGCCUUCAGUAUUCAUUUUCCAGCUAGACUUGACAGAUUGUGGUAGAAAAAAGGAGGAAUGCAAAUUAUAACUCCAGAAAGUUUGCACUUCCUCAGUAAGAACAGCAGAGCUUUCCUAGGGACUGUUAACUUGGUUUAAGCUAUCAUAAACACACAUUAAAAAUACAGAAAAUAUUUCAGAAGUCACUUUUCUAAAUGGUAGUAGUGGAUUACUGUUAUAGAGUAAAAACAGACUAGGAAUUGACAUUUGUACCUUUUCUUACCUUAAGGUUCCUCGAAUCCAGCUGCACUAGAUAAUUUCAUGGUUAUGAAGGAAAUAUAACUUCACUUACAAAGCAGUAAAUAUUUAAAUUAUUUUAUUAUCUUUUGCUUUAGAUUUUAAAUCAAAAUCUUCAGUGCAUCUUAUUAAAAUAUAGAAAGCCAACGAAAGCAUGUAAAUUAUAUAUUGAUAAAAUCUUUUGUUACAGAAUAUCUCAAACUGGUAGAAAAAAAAUUAUAAAUGACAACGUUUUAGACCAUAGUUUCUUAAGAUGUCUGUGGAAAAUAUAACAUAAAAACUGUGGUGAACAUUUCUAAAACAGAAUUCUUUUUUUGAUUUGGAGAUCUUUAUUUUCUUUCACAUUAAAUCAGAGUCAUCAAUAUGAGUAAAUUGCAGCACAAGAAUACCAAUGAGGACUAGAACAAACAUUCCAUGUGUAUCUGCAGACAGUUAAUACUCGAUAUUAACUUUUAAAGUCCUCCUCAAAAUCACAUAAAUCAAUGACAAAAGUUUCUUACUCAUAACUGUAUUUAGUAUGUUCCAUAUAUAGUAACAAGUAGUUGUCUUCAUGCCUCUAAAUAUAUAAGGACUUGGUCUAGGUGAAAUACAGAUAAAUUUAUUCUACAGAAGAUAAUUUAUAACUUCUUGCCAAAUCUCGGGGCUAACUCAGGAUAAAUUGUCAAAGUCCAGCUUUGCAAUGACAAAUAACUCUGUAGGCAAAUAUCAAGAGACUAUGUUUGUUGUUUCCUCAUGGACCUCAGAUCAAGAGUUUCUGUUUGUUAGUAGGAAAAAAAUAUCUGAGUGGUAUUUUGCCAACCACAUCUCACUUUGAGAAGUACCCUUGCCUCUUAACUCAUUUGGAAGUGGAUAGACAAAAAUGAAGCUGAUUUAAGAACUGGAUGACCAGAAAACGUCUUGGUAUUAACAGCCAUAGAAAAAGAAUUGCCAACAUGGCAGAAACUUUGGAACAGCACACAUUGAAAUAAGGAGAAAAGGAAAACAAGCAGUGUGGAAAUAGCAGAAAACUGUACUUGUUGUCAUAUUUAGGAACCAGAAGUGAAACAAAGGCUAAAAAUGUAAAUGAGGAGCUCAGAAACCCAUGAUGGAGAUAGAUUUAACUGUUAUCUACAAAUUAUGUGAAGUUCAACUGGCACUGGAAGAAAAAUAAAGGCAGUUUUGAGAGUGUUAAAGAUCAUAAAAGAAAGAACAAGCAAAAGCAGGAAACUGUAUAUUGUUGUGUGGCCAGUGAGAGAAAUAGUAUGCUUGAGGUAUAAAAAAAAUUUACAUAUUUCCAAAAGCCAGUGGUUAGUGCCUGUGCACAGGUCUGUCAUUGUUCCCAGUGUUGUACAGCACCCACUAGGACGAAUCUAAAAGCACAUAACAAAAGCAACAGCCUUAAAUGUCAUGGGCUGAAAACAAAUUACAUAUUCUGAUGGAAAGACCAACUAAUACUCUGUUAAAUGCACAAAAUAAGGAUGGAACACCUCUCCUAUGAAGAAAUGCUGAGAGAAUUGGAAUUGUUCAGCCUGGAGAAAAGAAGUCUUUGGGGUUACCUAACUGCAGCCUUGCAGUACCUGAAGAGACCCUACAGGCAAGAUGGAGAGAGACUUUUUACAAGGGCCUGGAGUGACAUGACAAGGGGGAAUGACUUCAAAUGGAAAGAGGGUAGGUUAGAUUAGAUAUUAAACUGGAAUUUUUUACUGUGAUGGUGGUAAGGCACUGAAACAGGUUGCCCAGAGAAGCUGUGGAUGCGCCAUCCCUGGUAGUAUCAGUGGCCUGGCUGGAUGGGGCCCUGAGAAAACCUGGUGUAGUGAAAAGUGUCCUUGCCCAUGGCAUGGGUUGGGAACUAGAUGAUCUUCAAGGUCCCUUCUAACCCAAACCCAAAUGAUUCUAUGAUGUCAUAGAUAUAAUUUUGUUUUCUGAUAGUCUAGUCACACAAUUAGUAAUUAACAGAUAUUCCUGGGAAACACUAUGUGAAUUUCUCAGUUUUUAAAGAACUUGGUGAUUAGUUGGGGCUGAAAAUAUGGCUUCUAUUGCCAUUGGGAACUUGGCAGAUGGAAAGGUACCAUGGCCAAGAUCCUCAUAGCCAGGAUCCAUCACCUGCUAAGCACAAUAACCUCUAGGCUCAGGAAAUCCGUGUGAUAGAUAUAUGCCUCAAAGUAGUGCUCUCCCACAACCUUCAAAGAGCAUUGGUAACCUCAAAUGUCCCCUGCAUACUCCUAGCAUAUCAGAAUGAGUUACCAGCAGCAGAAUCACCUAUGCUCAGGGACACCUGAGCAGCAACCCAGGGCCCCUCAGGACCCAUAAGCCCCUGUGAGCCAGUCUGGUGAGGAGGGGACAUUGCCAGGGCAAUAUAAAUGGCUCUGGGAGCGCGUGACCAGGGUGUGUGCAGCACUUGGCAUGGGCAGAGCAUGCAGGGAGGUCCAUAGCUCAGGUAAGUGCUAAGUGCUCUUGGUCUCUGUGCAAAGGUGGGCUCUUACCUCGGAGCCAAAACUGGUGUGUCUACUGAGACAGCCCUGAGAAGCCUGGAGCUUCCACCCAGAUGGGGCUGGUAAGGAAGGAGAUGUCAGCACAGGUGGUAGCUUGCAAUGGAUGCCCAGAUGCUUCCCCUGGAGAAAAGGUACCUGAGCAAAGUGUGCACAGGCUGAUGACCUGUUGUGGCACGUAGAUGAAUUCCAAGAGACAGUUAAUAGGCUUGAAGUAUUAGAGGGGCUGAAACAGAACUAGAUAACCUGGCUUCUGGAAUUGGGUGGAUUUAAUUGUAGCACUGGCUACUAGGAGACUGCAAAAGGUGAAACUCAAAACAAACAAAUGCAUUUCACUCAAUGCUUCCAAGCUUUCUUAAUGGAAAGCCAUAAUAUUAACUCGGUAGUUCUUCUAUAUAUUAGAUUCCUGACUUGUGCUUUGUCAUUUGGCCAGGAGACAAAAAAUAUCUGUGGUUAUUUGACUCCUGCAAAGGCCUGGAAAAGAGUUGUAUUUCUCUUCUUCAAAUACAACAUGGUUUGGUCAUUUUUGCUAUUUCAUCUGGAAAAAAGGGCUGGGAAAAAAUAGGUUUACAAAUCAAUCAGAAGUGGAUGGGUCUAUAAGCAAAGCAUGCUCUAGCUGAGGCUGUUUGCUUUCCAACCCAUUCUUCAGAUCUCUUGUUGCCUCUGAGUAGCUGACUGACAUUGCUUAUGAGAUUUCUGCAGUUUAAAUGGACCUACAAGAGUCUUUUUUGUAUUAACUGAAAAACACAUCUUGGACUUUUAUCACAAUACCUUUAAAGGACCUAAACUACUAGUUGCUUGCAUUGAAAAAAAGAUAAAAAGGAAGCAAUCUUCCUUAGAAAAUUAUUUACAGCCUCCAGAACUGUUUUUACAUUCUCAUUCAGUUGUCUCAUGCUGCGUGAAGUGCAAGCAAUAACAGAAAGGGCAGUGAGGACAUGUUGGCUAAGGGGCAUCUUGCAAGCGGUGUGAACAUGAGAUAAGACUCAUAUGAGAGCUCAUGUUAUGUGUUACUCAUGGUACAGUUUCCUAAGGGUGGGUUUGAUAGUGGUGCUAAAGGACAUCACCUCUCUGCAAAGGAAGGACUGGGAAAAUAGCUGCUCUUGUGAAACGGUGAGAAAAAAGAAAUAUUCUUGGAGGUUCUGUGGAGAAACAUAUUAUGUCUUGAAGAGAUUUGUUCUCUCCCAAAUAAACAGCAGAGGUCCAUGGGGAGUACAUGUGAGGAAGACGGGAAUUACCAAGACAGUCACAUUUUGCUCUGAGAAGCAGGAACUUAAGCUUAGGUGCCUCUUGCAGCUACUAUGACACAGGAAAGAAGGAAAUCAAGAGCAGCCUGACAGUGCACUUGGCCUAAUUAACUCCUCUACCUGGGCACCAUGCAAUGUAGACUUCUAGUUCUUCUAAGGCUUGGCUGUAAUUUAAUUAGCAGAUAUUAAAGUUUUUGGCAUGAAUAAGCCAUAAAGUGAUGGAAACCAAUGGAAAAGAGAAAAAAGGAAAUUAUUAUAGGAGAGAAGAUUUAACACUAAAGUUUUCACCUCUAUCAAUUAUGUGUUUAGUCACAGGGCACAGGCUCAGACCCAUGCAAGUGGAACUGCACUGCUGCUUCUCCCUUGCUGGGAGAUCAGAGUUUGGCUGGAUGUCACAUGCUGACCACAUAGGACCUUUAAGGCUUUAAAACUUGGAAACACUCAGAAUAAACAUUCUGCCCUCAUGUUAACUUUCCACUCCAGUGUCAUUUUGUGACACUUUCAUUUGCAUAGUCUUUUAUGUACUUCAGAGCAUAUAUAAGGCUUUAGACUUUUGACUCUCACACGUCCUUGAGUCUUUGGCAUUGGCUUCCUGAACUUUUUUCCCCAAGGCAAAGUCAUGUGUAGGAGCUGACCCUGUCACACAGCUGAUGUGACAUUAACACUUAUUGUUCCUUCUUCCUCAUUUUGGGAGUACAAGGGUCUCUCCCUGCACCAAGCCAUGUAGCAUUUGCAGAGCACUGCAGCAGUUUCUUUCCUGAGACAUUUAUAUCUGUUCUAACUGCCAGCAAUUUCCACAGCAUUGUCUGCUCAAAGACUGCUCCCUGCCAGGCUUAGUGAAGUGAUGGCUCCCUUUCUCUUUUUUAUUUUGUACAUCUGGUACGGUAGGGUUAAACCCAGUCUUUAGUUCAGGCUCCAACUCAUUCUAUUCACUGUUAUGAUUCAUAAGUGAAACUCAGACCUAUUCCAGUAUGAAAUUACUCACUUUUUUGGCCAGUUUUUGGACAGUAUAACAUGGGGGUUCCUUAAAGAAAUACUUCAAUUUCUUUACUAGAAAGAAAUUAAGAAAAAGAGGAGUCAGAAAACACAGCUGGGGUAAACACACAGAUUUAAUUCGUAUUUUUUUAAAAGGUGUAUUUUUUUUUGUACUUGUAUUGCUGUGCAGAUUAAGGUACCAUAGAUGUACAUCUUAAUUUAAUUCAACACAACAAAAUUAAAAGAGCAAGCUAGUUCAGAGGCAAUAAGAACAGUCAGAUAUAUUUUAUAUAUCUAUAUUUAAAAGCAAAAUCUAUGUUUAUCUAGUUUUUUCUUACUGACAUUGAUUCUCAAAAUGUUCUUCCCUUGAUCCCCCAAGAAGCCCAGCUCCAAUUUCUUUCCAAGGCACUCCAGUUGGACGUGACAUGUCUGCCUUGGAUGGAGGUGGAAUUUGGGUGGGGAAAGAUGAUGAGUGGUCAAGAGAAAUUUAAGGGGAAAACAGCCUCUCUAAACACUUCAAUAUUCAUGGAGCCUGGCAACACUGAACUGACCACUGAGAUCUAAGUCCUGUAACUCAUUUCAGUGGGAAAAAUAAGGAAUUAUUUUUGGUAUUCUGUGGAUUUUUUGGGUGUUCCAAUCUUUCUUUAGAAACUACUUCAAAGAUAUAAAUUAAAACCUCUUUUUUUUUCUCAUUGUUUUCACUCUGGUCUUUGAGUUCAUAGAUCCGAACAAGGAUAAAAUUAACCUCUGUAACAAAUAUUGAUGCCUUUCUUCGCAGAGGUGGGAAAUUUUCAUUAUGCUUUCUCACUCAGAUGUUAAUUCCCUUCCUCAUUAUCUUCUAAAUGACAGCCAGCAAAUAAAAAGUCCACUGUGUGAUUGGGUUUUAAUCCCAUAAACUAACCGAUCACUCCACUGAAUAGUACCUCUCAAGAUCUGUAAAUUACCUACAUCUCCUGGAAAGCAGCAGUGUAGUCAAAACCUGACUCUACUGAAGGUAAGCACCAGCAAUUUUGGCUUUACAAGCAGAUCUAGGCAAUAGCAGGUGACAAGAACAUUUAAUUUUCUCCUUUGAGUCUUUUUGUGAGACCCUCUUUUGGGGGGGGGGGAAGGGGAGAGGAGAUAAAACAUUUAUGUGGAUUUGGCUUCACAAAGACCUCCCCUGAGAUAAAUGCAAGAGCAGAAGAUCCAUGGAAGUUCUCUCUCAAUUAAUGCUAAGCAAGGUUCAGCUCAGAAAAUGCAAUGGCUUCUCUGCAAAUGACAGCCCAAAAGUCCCUGGAUCAUAAAAAAGACGUAUGAUGCUGGAGCUGGAAGACACUGAAGAUCAGAGAACAGAACCGUUUGAAUGUAAAAAUUCUAAUAUGGAACAUGUUUUUACCAUGCAGUGGUUAAGUACUGGAAGAUGUGGUCCAGAGAGGUUGCAAAAUACCUGUGCUUGAAGACAUGUACCUCACAAACCUGAUGUUUUGUGCAAAGGGCUGGACUAGAUGGCCUCUGGAGGUUUCUUACAUCCUGGAUUUUGAUUCUAAGAUUUUGCUGCACAGGCACAAAACCUGUGGGGAAAACACACUGGGACACUUGUUGACGAUGUUUUCCCGGAAAGGAAAAUACUUUAUAUAGAGGGACAGUUUUAGAAAUAUGUUUUAAUGUCUGAUUAUAAUCCCUGAGUUUUAAUGUUCCUCUGCUAUAGUGAUUAUAAGUUUACAUGUUGGAGAUAUUAAGGUUUAGGGGCUUGGCUGCACAGAUUUUGGUUUCUUGUGGGAUCCAAACUUUUGCUGUGAUUAAACAACAAGAAUAUGAAAUUUGUAGCUUGAAAAUAGCCUCCAUCUACUCAAACUGAAGAACAUGUCAAUUUGCUUAACUGAGACCUGGUUUUAUAUUGUACAGAGUAUGUAGGAGAAGACAACUUCAAAUUCAAUUACACAAUACUGGAAGCAAAGAAGAAUUUCAAGGAGUGAUCUUUAUUUCAUAUGCAUGCAUGCAUCACUAGCCAGCUGUACAGAAGUGUGCCAGCAGCACACUGUCAGAUUAAGUUGGGCUAAUUAAACUUUAUUACUUUGUUAGGCAUGGCUCAUUGAACAGCCACUGUGUAACUCCUUACAGAAAUUCAGCAGCGCUAACAGUCCAAGCCAAGUGAAAACAUGAGGGGAGAGUUUUCUUUAGUAUCAAUGACAAAAAUCAACAUGGUUGUCUCUCUUGAAAGGAUAAACACAAUAUAUCAGAUCAGAAUGACUUUGCACACGACCUGUGUUUGUAUUAGAUCUAAGAGCAAAAUAAUGUUUCUUUCACAAGUGUGCUAACAAGAAAAAUGAAGCAGAUCACUGAGAGACAUUUCAGUGCAUCCAGAGCCUGUGUUUGCAUGUCUUAUGCUGUUUUUAAAAUCUCUUGUAAGCCAAUCAUUACUAUUACUACUAAAAAAAAAAAAAUACAUAACUACUUAGGACCAGUAACACUUUCAUAGACAAACUUUCCACUAGCACAACUAGAGUUUUCAAAGUUAGAGUUUUAAAAUUACACUCUUUUAGUAACAACAGGGCUCUUGGAUAAAAAACAUGACUUGGCCAGCAAAUAUCAAACACCUUAACAUUUAUUUCAAACAUCUGCCAAAUCCAUGAAGUACAGACUGAUUAUUAGGACAUUUUUUGUUCAGUCCAUAAACAUGGAUUUAAGAAAUCUGUUUCCAUAGUUAAGAAGUUCAUUUUCCACACAACACAGAAAACUCUGUAUUUGACACAUAAAUUCUGGUUCUUCUCAGAUUCAAUAAAUACAAUACAUAGAAAGGAAACUUUUGAGAGUUUAAUGAAUGAAACAAAAUGGCAUAAUCUUCUUUCUUUCCUGAAACUUUAAUGAAAUAUGAAAACGGUAACACAGCGAUUUUGCACAUCUCUUUGUGUUUCUCACUGUGCUUCUCUGAGAUAGCUUUUUACAUAGAUAAAUAUUAAAAGAAAACUAGAGAAAAUCUUGAA